GCCUUAUUUCCGACAGAGAAAGCCUCGCAACAGGUCCAAUAACUAGCGACGUCGCUUUCCGGCUCCGUCAAUUCCUCCCUCGAGGCCUUGUUUACGACAAGGCGGGCGUGCUUUCCGGCCCCUCCCUUCAGCCGUCUCCCGUUGCUUUACAGCACGUGUCGUAAAACGCCGUCGGGCGAGGCCCCCUUUUGCGACGCCGAGGCGGAAGUGCAGCGGGGACGGCGGCGGCGGCUCCUUGCGAGGAGAAGCAGGAGGCCAGUCCGCUCGGAGGAGGAGUGCGCUCCAUGGGGAACGUGGGCAGCCACAGCGAGGGAGAGGAGGAGGAGGAGGAGGAAGGAGAGGAGGCGGCGGCAGCGAGGAGAAGGAGCACCGGAGGAACAGCGGCGGCGUCGGCGGGAGGAGGAAGAGAAGGGAGCGGCGCUGAGCCGCCUGCUCCGGGCGCCAUGGCGUCCUCCUCCUCCUCCUCUCCUCCCUCGGCGCCCUCUCCGCCUCCUCUGUCCUCCUCCUCUUCGCUCCCUUCGUCCUCGGUGCUCCUGGGCCAGGCCCGGCUCCGCGAAGAAGCGGCCGCCCGCCUCCGCGAGGCCCCGGCCGCCGCCUCGGAGCCGCUGCUCUCCCGGCACCACGCCGCCCUGGUCCGCUGGCUGGAGGAGCGCCUGGGCCGCGGGGAGAGCAGCGUCAGCCUCGAGCAGCUCUGCGAGGCCCUCGAGACCCGCACCGCCGCCUCCGCCGCAGGAGGAGGAGCAGGAGCAGGAGGGACCACCACCUCCGCCAACGCCUCCGGCCAAGGAGCAGCCUCGGCCCCAGUCUCCGAGGAACGGGCCCGGAGCGAAGAGGCCUUUGCCCAGUUCGAUGCCGAGGGCGAUGGCACAGUGGAUGUGGAGAACAUGUUGGAGAUCCUCAAGAGCUCCAGCGGAGCCAAUCUGCAAGGGGAGCUUAGCCACGUGAUCAGGCAGCUCCAGGCUUGUUCGCUUGUUCCAGGUUUUAUAGACAUAUUUUCGGAAUCAAAUGAGCGCCUUAGUCUUCAUGCUUCCAUGAUACUGAGAUUCCUGCAUCGGCACCGUAUCGCCAGUACUGUCAUCCCAUAUCCAGUCUUGGAGUACUUCAACAAUAUUUGCACUAUGCGUUCUUCAGUACUGAAGGAUUCCUUAGACCGGCUCCUCCUAAAAGAAAAGGAGUGUCCAAGUGACUUAAAUGGGAACCAGGAGUUAGACAAAUUCAAGUCAGUCUCCAAGUGCUACACUCAUAUAGAAACCUCUUCCAAUUCGGCGGAUGUUGACAAAAUGACGAACGGAGAGACGUCUUCCUUCUGGCAGUCCGAUGGGAGCGCGCGGUCACAUUGGAUACGUUUAAAGAUGAAGCCAGAUGUCAUUCUGAGGCACCUCUCCAUCGCUGUCGCGGCGAACGACCAGAGUUACAUGCCGCAGCAAGUGACCGUAGCAGUUGGGAGGACUGCCAGCAAUCUCCAGGAGGUCCGCGAUGUUCACAUUCCCAGCAAUGUUACUGGAUACGUGACAUUGUUGGAAAACGCUAACAUUAGUCAGAUGUAUGUACAGAUAAACAUCAAGCGUUGCCUUAGUGAUGGAUGUGACACCAGGAUUCAUGGUCUCAGGGCUAUCGGCUACCAAAGAGUGAAAAAAGGAGGCGUCUCUGUCUGUGAUGCUUCGGCCAUCUGGUACUGGUCACUUUUGACUUCCCUGAUCACCGCGUCGAUGGAGACCAACCCUGCAAUUGUUCACGCGAUCCUGCAAAAUACUCAGAAGGCUCUGCAGCACAUGCCACCACUUUCUUUGUCACCCGGCUCCACCGACUUCUCAAGUUUCUUGUCUCCCAACGUGUUGGAAGAAGUGGACAAUUUUCUCCUGGGAAUCGCCAGGUACGGUUGUAACGGAGCCACAGCAUAA